AUGGGUACGAUCAUAUCUCGACUUGGAAAGAGGUUCUUCCUGUACAAGUGUGAAUUGAAGAUUCUGAUACUGGGUCUUGAUUUUUCAGGCAAGACCACCAUUCUCUACAAGCUCAAGCUGGGGCAAACCCUCAGAUCCAUACCCACCAUCGGUUUUAACGUAGAGUGUGUGGAGUACAAAAACUUUCGCAUUACUUUCUGGGAUGUUGGAGGACAGAACAAGAUUCGACCUUUAUGGAGACAUUACUUGCACAAUACACAUGGACUGGUCUUUGUGGUGGACAGCCAUGACAAACGAAGAAUCUCGGAAGCUCGCUGUGAACUGCAUAAUAUUCUAAGUGAUUUUGAACUACGCACUGCCAUACUUCUUGUGUUGGCCAGCAAGCAAGACGUUGAAGGUGCCAUGACUGUUAAUGAGGUCGCUGAUAAACUCGGCCUGCACUGUCUUCGACAUCGUACUUGGUACAUUCAGAGUGCUUCAGGAAUCUCUGGGCAAGGCCUCUAUCAAGGUCUUCAUUGGCUCUUCAACAAUGUACAAUUCUGCUGUGGGCCAUGACCCCACACUAAUUAUCACAAAUGUUCUGUUAUGUUUUUUCCCUUUAUACGACAAGCCUUAAAUAUAUGGAUUUCACUUCUAGCGUGAAUUAUAAUUUUUCUUUAAAAUCAUGUAAUUAUGAAAGGGUGUGACUACUUGGAACUCGUCAUGCU